AUGGGGACGAUUCCAGAACAUCUAUACCAUAUAAUACUGGCAACCUCUCAUAUCAAUAAAAAUCCCAACAACAUUGUUGAAAAAGUACGCAUCCCUGGGACCUAUACAUCUCUGUUGGCGGCUAAAGCCGCGGCACACAGCUGUUUGUUUGACGCUGGGUAUGAGCGAGAGUUCUUCACCGAGUACGAGGUCAACCCGGCUGUUUUCGAAAAACCAGAUUUCGUUGAGCGCCCUGGCCUGGCAGUUCGCGCUGUAGCCGCAGACGGGAGUACAUGCCGGGUUCGGAUCCAGACGACCCCGAAUAACAAGUGCUUAACGACAGAUCUUGAGGAUGGUAGGAUAUCGAUCCCGCUGUACUAUGUGAUUGAGACUGUCGUCGUGUAUGACGGGAAAAAGGAGACAACAAGUGUCCGAGAUCUGAACGUUGAGGGGACGUUCAAAACAUAUGACGAAGCUUGGGCUUUUGCAAAGCAGCUAUUACUUUCCAAGGAGGAUAAGGUUACCAAAGACAGCUUCGCGGAGUAUGAUGAGGCCGCACCCGGUGAGAAAAAUUGCGGAUAUGGGGCGAACGUGAUUGUGCAUGCACUUAGUAAUUAUGGGGAGAAUUUCCUGAUUAGUGUCAUUGAGACUCAGGAACUGCAAAAUGUCGCUUUGACAGAGGCGACGAUGAGGAUUGCUUGA